AUGUUACGGCACACGCGUUUCUCCUUCACGCACCAGCGACCACACCUCGUACAUUGGCAGUCGCUCGGCAAAACACAUUUCGACGUAUGUGUCAUCGGCGCCGGUCCCGCUGGCAUUGCGGCAGCCCUACGAGCUGUGGACUACAACAAACGGGUCUGUCUUGUAGAAGCAAAGCGUAUUGGCGGUUGCGAUCUGUGGAAUGGCACACUUCAGUCGAAAACGUUGUGGGAAAUGUCAAAUUUUUUGGGGCGCGCGAGGGGAAGUUCCGCCGAACGGGUGUAUGGAACUACCAUUUCAAAUUUUAUGGAACUCGACGAUGAACGCAUGCUGCAGACAUUGCAAGAGGUGAGCGAGACGCGGGAAAAGCAGGUACUAUCUGCCCUCAGCGCCUCUAACGUGGCGUUACUCUACGGUCGCGCCGCUUUUGCUAGCCCUCAUGAGUUAGAGGUCAGUAGCCGCGAGGCAAAGGAGUACCGAACGGUGACGGCUGAUUAUUUCAUCAUCGCCACAGGUUCUGUCCCUGUCACGCAGCCACAUGUGCCCGUGGACCACAAGAACGUGGUGACUUCCGAUGACCUUAUGACGUUACCGCUGCCAAAAAGCAUGGUAGUGGUGGGUGGCGGCGCGCUUGGCAGUGAAUUCGCGACGACAUACGGCAGGCUUGGUAAGACCAAGGUGUUUCUACUAGACAAGAAGGAGCGCAUAAUGCCGAAGGAAGAUGAUGAUGUGGCAGCAACGAUACAGAAGGGAAUGGAAAAGCAUGGCGUAGAGGUGCACCAAGAUUGCUUGCUGUACAGCUUACAAUCACUGACCAAAAGUGAGAGUGAUGGCCAGGAGACACCAAAUGACGGCACCUCGGGGAAUGGAGUUCGCUAUACCAUCAUGCACCGCAAGACACAUGAACUUCAGACGUACGAAGUGGAGCGGGCCCUCAUCGUGACUGGGCGCCGACCGAAUUACUUCGGACUGGGCCUACGUAAUACUAACUGCGAAGUGCGCGACGGGGUACUUGUGCUAGACGAGUUUGGCAGGUGUGUAAACCAAAAACACAUUUACGCCGUGGGAGACGCAACAGGUCGUGACAGGUCAGUUAGUAUGGGCGAAGCGAAGGGGCGGUUGGCAGUAGAUCAUAUAUACAGUCCACACAUAACGGAGCCGCUUCACCCCGACCAUUCCAGAAUUGUAUUCCUAGACACUGCCGUAGCUUCCGUGGGAAAAAACGAAAAGCAGUGCAGAGAAAAAAAUGUAUCGUAUGUAGUGGCCAAGUAUGGGUUUGAACUCUGCAGUCGCAACGUGGCUGCGAGCAACACCGAAGGGUUUGUAAAAAUACUCGCGAGUAAUGACAGUAAAAAGACGCUUCUCGGCGUUCACGUAGUGGGAUGGAGCGCAAGUACUAUCGUAGAGUUCGCUACCGCGGCGAUUCAACGUAAACAGUCGGCAUACGAGCUGAGUGAAAUGCUCACAGCGUACCCAUCCGUUUCACAAGCAUUUCUAGAGUGCUUGCGCGUCAUAUUGGGCACAUCCAUGUUAAAACCCGGUACAUUCCCCGGUCUCGUCUGCAAUACAUGGACUCCGUCUGACUGUGAGCGAGGUCGGGGCUAUUGUUCGCUGGGAAAUGCUCAAGGCGGUGGCAAACAAUAG